GGGCGGCGAGGAGCCGUGGGGGAUUUGAGGACCCGCCUCCGGUCCGGUCACGCGUGUACACAACAAGUCGCGGCGCGGCGGGCGAACGCGCACACAACAGACGAGCAGCGGCGAGAGCGGCUUCGAGGAAUGUGACGGCACAACUUUUCCUCUCUUUCGACUCAAAAGCAUCGGCAGCCUCGUCGCCGUGUCUCGGCACAUUUUUUUUUUGUUUUGUCGUUGUUGUUGUUGUUGUUGUUUUUGCUGCGCGCCCCUUCUCUCCCUUGUGACGGACGGUGCGCCGGUCGGGAGACGCCAUGGAGCCGAUAACGAAGUGGACGCCGAAGCAAGUUGUCGAGUGGAUGGAAGGUUUGGACGACAGUCUGCAGCAGUAUGUCUGCAACUUUGAGCGGGAGAAGAUCAGCGGGGAGCAGCUACUGAAGAUCACUCAUCAAGACCUGGAGGACCUGGGCGUGGCCCGGAUUGGACACCAGGAACUGGUGCUGGAGGCCGUCGAUCUGCUCUGCGCUCUGAACUACGGAGUGGAGACGGACAACUUGAAGAAUCUGGUUGUGAGGAUGAGAGCCGCCACCAACAGUCUACACAUGGCCACGUGCGACAGAAGGAAAAGCCCCGCGUAUGAGGGCAGCGCCUCUCGCAAGCCACCCAACGACUUCCUUACCUCCGUGGUGGAGCUGAUCGGCGCUGCAAAGAGCCUCCUGGCUUGGCUAGACAGGACGCCUCUUACAGGGAUCAGUGACUUCACAGCCACCAAGAACAAGAUCAUCCAGCUGUGCCUGGAGCUCACCACCACAGUUCAACAGGACUGCAGUGUUUACGAGAUGGAGGAGAAGAUCCUGGAAGUUUCUAAGAUCUUGAACGGCAUCUGCGAUCAGACCGUGAGAACCACCUCUGACCCCCUGAUGAGCCAGUCGGCCUGCUUGGAAGAAGUCCAGCUGAACAAUAUCAGACCGGGCGAGGGUUUGGGGAUGUACAUCAAGUCUACUUAUGAUGGGUUACAUGUCAUUACGGGAACCACAGAAUAUUCGCCCGCAGACCUGACCAGGAAGAUCCACGCAGGUGACGAGGUGAUCCAGGUCAACCAGCAGACAGUGGUGGGCUGGCAGCUGAAGAACCUGGUUAUCAAACUGAGGGAGGACCCCAAAGGCGUGGCGCUCCUCCUCAAGAAGAGGCCCACGGGCACAACAGGUUUCACCCCGGCCCCACUGAAGAACAUGCGCUGGAAGCCCCCAGUACCUCAGAACAAUUCCUCCCUGAUCAGAGCCCAGUCUCCCUGCGGCUCGGCUAACGGAUCAACCAAAAAGGAGAAGCCAGCGAUCCUGGACUUGUACAUCCCCCCUCCCCCUCCAGUGCCUUACACCCCACGAGAGACGAGAACAGAAACCUUCUCCAGCAUCAGUAAAAGACCAAAGGGCUCAGAGUCACCGAACUCCUAUCUGGACCAGGAGAGCAGAAGACGCUGCACCAUCGCAGAUUAUGACAAGCUGAGCGGCGGCUGUCCCAUUGAGGCCAACGUGAUACAGCCCAGAAUGAGAGAGCACAAGCCUUCGCGUGGAAAGCCCCGACCCCUGUCUAUGCCAGCGGAUACUUGUGUGAUUGAUCCCUAUGCCAAACCCUGGGCACAGGGAAGGAAAGGUGAAGACCUCCUGUACAGAUACCUGAGCAAUGAGCGGAUCCCCACCAUAGUAGAGGAGGUGCCAUCGGUGUCUCCGCCCUACAGGCCUGCAGGGGAGCGGCACCUCGUCAGGGUUGACCACAUCCGGGGCAGCCGCUACUACUCCAACUCUGACCUCCACAGCAGCGCCACCAUCCCCUACCAGGAGGACACGAAGAAGGCCCCCGUAGCCCCCGCCUCCAAGCGCACAACCGCAGAACGCUCACUACUGGUCAGUUGGAUCACGCGGCUUAAGCUAUUGACUCACUGAUGAUGCGCUUCCUGUCCCGGGGCUUCCUGUUCCUGUCUUGUGUCCUUCCUCAGUGCCUUUGAUUUUUUUUUUUUUUUAUAACGUCCAGCUGUGUUUUCGGCAGCUUCAGGCUUUCUCACACUCCUCUCUACCCCAACCUCCAUAUUUCCCUGGUGUUACUACUACUACCAACUACUACUCCUUUUUGUAGUACUCACUACAUUACGUCAUCACCCCUUUAACACUGCCCACAGCCUCCCCCCCGUCUCUGACCGCAAGUCCCGUCUCUGCCUCAAGAGGAAACACUCGUACAGGUUUAGGACUCUUUGGCCUUGCGUGCUUGUCUCUGGACUCCUCUGUACAUAUUCAGUGAUGUCAUGUUUCAGUUGAAAUGCUCUCUGGUACCAAUAUUUAAGACUUGCCUAUCACUUCUUCCAUUUUCUGAUUUUAAUUUUAUUUGCAUAAUUAAGUUAUAAAAAAAACCUAAUUGAAACAAACAACAACAUGUUUUGUAAGUAAAACUGUGCUUUUACAAUACAUGUCAUUAUUUUUCUUUUCUUUUUCAAAAUACUCUUUUUGUGGUCAGUUAGUUACAUCACCCUCUGCCAAUGGUUGCCUCUUGUAAGCUAUGCAUAAUACUUUUUAAAGUCCCUUUAGGCGACAAUGCUGCUUUGGUUGGUAAAAAGGGUCUUUAUAUUUUGGCAUUAGUAAAAUAUCUGUGCUGGCUUUAAAGCUAUGCACUCUAUUCCGUAAAGUCUGCAAUCACCCACCUGAAGGGGCCGACAUAUACAUUACAGUAAUCACUAGUCUUCUUUUAAAGCCAGUAUUUUCAACCAAUCUUUAAGGAUUCAAAGGUCAAAUGGCCUCCGUUCAGACCACACUUCACAAGAGACAGUAUUAUUUAAGAAAAACACAGGGAAGACGUGUCUGUUGUUGCUUGACCUGCCUUUUUGUAAGAUUUGAAUAGCGUUUAUUAAAAACUUCCGUUACUUCA